ACUGUUGGGCAUCUUGAAGAGAAGUGUUAGUUGAGCUUGAGUGAGGUGCAAAUUUGUCAAUUUGAUAAUUAUAGUUUAUUGUGAAUUGUAUUAUCAUAAACAUUACAAAAUUUGUUCUAUAGAAUAAAGAACAUGUGUGCACAAGUGAUGAUGCCAAAGAAACCAAAGUUUGCCAAUGAAGGAGACGACAGCGAUGCGUCAAAUAAUGCCUCAGAAAGUGACUUUGAUGAAGAUGAAGAUCCUGACAAAAUUGAAGUUCCAGGUGGUGGAAAAGAUUUGGCAACCUCUGCCACGUUAAACAGGAUAGAGGAACUCAACAAUAGGGGUGGGUUAACAAUCAACAAAAUUCCACCCAUGAACCAACAACAAUACCAACAACACCAACAGCAAUCCCUUCAACAAUCCCUGCUAAAAGGGAAACUUCAACAGCAAAUGCUGAACCCUGUCAAAAUGCAACAAGGACCUAUGCCUAAUAAAAUCCCUGGGGGCUUGGUGACCAAAGGGAACAUGACUCCAGGCUAUGAGAUGGUUCGAGGAGGAAUGGGAGGUAUGAGUAGCAUGCCAGGGCAGUACAUGAACAUGCCGUCACAUGCCAACAUGAUGGGAGCCCUGGGAUACCCCAGCAUGGGCUUCCCUGGUAAUAUGAUGUCAUCAAACAUGAACUCUGCCACUGCUCAGUUUCUUCAAGGAAUAGGCCAAGGUAUGGGUAGUGGUGAUAUGGGAUACCCUCCAAACCUGAACGCUCUCAAUCAGAUCCUUUCCAUGGGAGGAAUGGGAGGAUUGAACCAGUUGAUGGGUCAAGGCAUGUUGCAAGGCAUGUGGCCCUCUAUGAUGCCAAACAAAGCUGUCUCCAACAUGUGGGGAGCACCGGAUGACACCAAGAUGAGAGACCAAGAAGAAGAAGAAAAUGAUGAUGAAGACAUGGGUGUCGCUGAAACAUACUCAGACUACAUGCCUCCUAAAUUGAAGAUAGGCAAGAGGCACCCAGACCCUGUGGUCGAGACUGCUUCAUUGUCGAGUGUGGAGCCCACAGAGGUGUGGUACGAAGUGUCGUUGCCUGAUGAGACUAUACGUUCUGGAUCUCUGUCUGCACUUCAGCUGGAGGCCAUUACUUACGCAGCUCAACAGCACGAGCACUUCCUUCCCGACGGGACGAGGGCCGGCUUCCUCAUCGGUGAUGGAGCUGGAGUAGGAAAAGGAAGAACCAUUGCUGGCUGCAUCUUUGAAAACUUUUUAAAGGGCAGGAAAAGGGCAAUCUGGGUUUCUGUUUCUAAUGACUUGAAGUACGACAGUGAAAGAGAUUUGAAAGAUAUCGGGGCUAGUAAAGUAGAAGUGUACUCUCUGAAUAAGUUCAAAUACGCAAAGAUCUCAUCUCCAGUGAAUGGAAACGUCAAGAAGGGUGUGAUAUUCUCAACAUAUUCCGCCCUGAUUGGUGAAUCUUCACAGUCAAGUGGGAAGUACAAGACUCGACUAAAGCAGCUUCUGCAGUGGUGUGGGGAUGACUUUGAUGGACUUAUAGUGUUUGAUGAGUGUCACAGAGCCAAGAACUUGUGCCCUGUCGGUUCAUCCAAACCGACCAAAACCGGUUUGACUGUGCUCGAGCUGCAAAACAAACUUCCCAAGGCAAGAGUGGUUUACGCUUCAGCAACAGGAGCUUCAGAACCUCGCAACAUGGCAUACAUGACAAGACUGGGCAUGUGGGGGGAGGGGACAGCUUUCCCUGAGUUUACUGACUUUAUAUCUUCAGUCGAGAAAAGAGGUGUCGGUGCGAUGGAGAUUGUUGCCAUGGACAUGAAGUUGCGGGGAAUGUAUAUCGCUCGUCAGCUCAGUUUCCACGGAGUAGCCUUUAAGAUAGAAGAAGUGCCGCUCUCUCCUGACUUUGUCAGGGUUUAUGACGACGCCGUCACCUUGUGGGUCGAAGCAAUGCAAAGGUUUCAAGAAGCAGCAGAGUUGAUCGAUGCUGAAAAUCGUAUGAAAAAGACAAUGUGGGGUCAGUUUUGGUCUUCUCAUCAGCGCUUCUUCAAGUACCUGUGUAUUGCCGCUAAGGUGAAACACGCCGUGCAGACAGCCAGGGAGGCUGUCAAAUGUGGAAAAUGUGUUGUGAUUGGUCUCCAGUCUACAGGGGAGGCUCGUACUUUGGAACAACUAGAGAGAGACGAUGGAGAACUGUCAGACUUUGUCUCUACGGCUAAAGGAGUGCUGCAGACUCUAGUUGAAAAACAUUUUCCUGCUCCGGAUAGAAAUCGUAUCUCAAGAUUGUUAGGGUUAGAAGCUCCAAAGAAAGAAAAGCACAAUCAUCUAAAUGGGGCUGACACAGGAGGAGGAGGAGGGGAAGGAAGCUCUGGCGGAAACAAACGCAAACCAGUGAGGCAAGCAGCAGCUCGUGCAGUCAAGAGGGUAAGGAAGGAUUCUUCUGACUCUGAUUCUGAACGAGGUUUUAGCUCGGACUCUGACUUUAAACUCAGCCCUUCGGAAGACUCUGCUGCGGAAAUAUCUGACGAAAGCAACGCCAGCAGUGAUUUUAACCCGUUUGAUGAUGGUAGCGACAGUGAGGAUCCUUGGGUUGGUCGCAAGAAAAAAGGUAAAAAGAAGCCUCCUGCCAAAAAGCGUCAGUCCACUCAAGACAAGAUUGACUCGCUCCUCUCUCGAACUAAACCUGGGGACAACAACAAACCUCCUCAUCUGCUUCCCCAGAGGGAUGCCAUAGAACGGGCCUGCUCCAUGAAGGAAGAUCUGCUGAUGAAGAUUGAAAGGCUCGGUGAACGACUGCCUCCCAACACUCUAGAUCAGCUUAUAGAUGAGUUAGGAGGCCCAGAAAACGUGGCUGAGAUGACUGGACGAAAGGGGAGGGUUGUACAAACUGAAGAUGGAGGGAUCCAGUAUGAAUCCCGAUCUGAGGUCGACUGUCCACUUGAAACGCUCAAUCUAACUGAAAAACAAAGGUUCAUGGAUGGAGAGAAGGAUGUAGCCAUUAUCUCAGAAGCGGCCAGCUCUGGUAUCUCGCUGCAGAGUGACAGACGAGCCCGCAACCAGCGACGGAGGGUUCACAUCACUCUAGAGCUACCAUGGAGUGCAGACAGAGCCAUACAACAGUUCGGUCGAACACAUCGAAGUAACCAAGUGAACGCUCCUGAAUACAUCUUCCUCAUCUCAGACCUCGCCGGUGAAAGAAGGUUCGCCUCAAUUGUAGCAAAAAGGUUGGAAAGUCUGGGAGCUCUUACUCAUGGUGAUCGUAGAGCCACUGAGACCAGAGACUUGUCUCGUUUCAACAUUGAUAACAAGUAUGGUCGUGCUGCUCUUGAGGCCACCAUGAAGACUAUCAUGGGCUAUGAAAGCCCGCUAGUUCCUCCUCCUCAAGAUUACAAGGGAGACUUCUUCAAGGAUGUCGCUGAUGCUCUGGUAGGAGUCGGAAUUAUAAUCAAUAGUGAUUCAAUGCCAGGAGUCUUAAUGCUGGAUAAGGAUUACAACAAUAUGAGCAAGUUCCUGAACCGGAUUUUGGGCAUGCCUGUGGAGCUUCAAAACCGGUUGUUUAAAUAUUUCACUGACACUCUGCAAGCUAUCAUCAGCCAGGCCAAGAAAUCUGGAAGAUUUGAUCUCGGAAUAUUAGACCUGGGCACUGCCGGGGAGAAUGUGAAGCGAGUCAAGUUGUACACAUUCCUGCGCAGACACGCCACAGGCUCGGCCACAACAGAGCUUCACAUCGUUCAUGUGGAGCGCGGCAUGAGCUGGGACGAGGCAAUGGAGCGGUGGGCAGAACUCGUAGGACCUCACGAAGGUUUCUACCUCUCACAUCAGAUCAGAAAUGGUAAACAGACUGCAAUAUUGGCCCUAUGUCCAGAAGCUACAAACACCACUAAGAGUGGCAAGAAGGCUGAGACGGCCAAGAAGGAUCAGUUGUACACAAUAUACAGACCUAACACUGGACUACAGCUCAGGCAAGAAACACUUGGCGAGCUUGAAAAGAAGUACAAAAAAGUAGAAUGUUCAGAUGCUGAGAAGCACUGGAAACAGCAGUACGAGUCCUCAGAGAGUACCUGCUCACAUGCUUAUUGGAGAGGGAACUGCAAGAAUGUGACACUGGGACUGGACUGUGAGGUAGGUCUGCGGAGGCGGACUUACAAUGUCUUGGCUGGCUCUGUACUAAGUGUGUGGACAAGAGUAGAGAAUAUCCUCCAAGCCAAGACAGGCCAUCAAACCAAGAUGCAAGUUGUACGCUUACGCACAGCAGAAGGCAUCAAAAUUGUUGGUACAUUGAUUCCAAAGAGCUGUGUAGAACCCUUGAGAGAAGCACUUGCUACAGAUUCAGAAAAGACCAAUGAGGAAGUGUUCUAAACAUAAUGAGUUUUUGUGUCUAACGUAGACAUAAUAUAACUACUAUGUAUUAUGCAGAUCUUUUCACAGUACACAGUGAUCUUACAAUCUAUUCCUUUUCAUUUUGUGUAUAGAUUAUUCGCUCUAUGUAUUGAUCAACUGUUUUAAACGGUAACACCAAUGAUUUAUGUUAGCAUUUGAUUACUUUGUGACUUUGAUAAUUGUUCCUUAGCCGAUUUAGGUUCUUUGUAUAAUUGUUAUAGCUAGAAAAUCCAGUAUUUUGUGAUCAUUUUCCAAGCAUAAUUGUUAUCAUUUAGAUCUUGUUAAUUGUCUAAUUAUUAGUCCACGGAUCAUUUAAUCUUGCAUGUUUGAAUUGACCAUUUUGUAGAUAAAUAAGUGAAUCAUAAAUCCAGUUUUAAUUCAAACCCCAUAAAAACAAGCAAUCAGAUAUAUAUACAUAUAUAUAAUUAUUUUUAUAAACCGAUUAUUGUUUAUUCCGUUUUAAUUCUGUUGUAUUUAUUUUAUAUUUACAUAAUUUUGACAUAGGUCUAUUAAAAUUGUUGUUAAUCGCGUAGUAUAGGUACAACUAACAUAAUUAGAUAAAAUGUUGAAGCAUGUGUAUUUUGACUCUCGAUGAUCAGUUUAUGGCUAUUAAUUAUAUUUGUUUGUGUUGUUACAUCCUGAUUGUUUGUGAUCAUAAAUUUGUGUGAAACUAAUUCUUCACCAUUUUAAUGCGACGAGUAUUUUGUAACAAUUGAGAUUAACUUCUAUGUGUAUAUUUAUUUUAACGUUUUAAUCAUUAUCAGUUUACAUAGAGUUUAUUUUUUUAUCCGUUUAUACUGUUUUAAUUUGUCAUGAUAUUUGAAUUGCUACAAUAGCUUGUUUCAUAGAAACUUUAUUUUAUUGUAAAUAACUCUAAUGUAUCAGGUUUUAAUCUUUAACUCCAAAUCAGUUACAGAAAAGUGGUUAUAGUUAUUUUUGUACGGUUUUUAUAUAUUAAAUGUUUGAUGUUAUUGUUUAACCCUCUCAGUCUGUAUUUUGGUUUUUGUUAUCAAGUUUUUACUGGUACAAAUCAAAAUGUAAAGACAUUUUUAAUAAUUCCCUCUUUUUUUUACUUUCUUGAUUUAAUUGGUGAUUGCUAAUGGACUGAUGCAAUAUUUUACCUCUGCCUGACUGUUGUAAAAUCACAAAGUCUGAAUACAUGAAAUCAAGAUAUAUCAGCAUUGUCAACAACUAAUAGCUUGUCUAAACCUGAAUUCAACAAAGACUAUGCUUUCCUGGGAGGGUUAACUUUUUUAAAUUGUUGUAUUUAUCUUUAUAUUUGCCUUAUUAUUUACUCAUAAAAAAUUUAGUUCAAGACCAAAGAAUUCAAGGAUGAGAUUUAAAUUUAGUUAAAUUGUUUGUUAAAUUAUUUUGUUUCCUACAAGUUUUGGUUGACUUCUAUUUAAUUUUAAGAAUGUUUAAGACGAGUUUGAAAUAAAAAUGACUAAAAAUGAGUUCACGAAGAAUAACUAAAUAACUUAGAAAUUAUCAGAAAUAUGUUUGAAAAUGGACAGAGUUUAGCUAACUUACUUACCUACCUAAAGAAAUCCCUAGACUAAAGAAGUGUCCAAGGACUAAAAGGUACACAGUAAAAAGUUACAACACCAACAUUGCGACCUAAAAGGACUUCUUCAAAAUGUAUGUUUGGAAAGAUAUUUCUCUAAGCUACCUAGACUCUAUCCAUUUUCUAAAAAAACAAUAAUUGUUCAAAUUGUUGUAUAUGUAUAUAUGUGCCUGUGAAUGCGAUAACUUGAGCAAUUGUGGACUGAUUUUGAUUAAAUUUGACAUGCAAGUGUAGGGCUGGAUUAACUUUGAUGAGUUCACGAACCACCAAGAUCUGGUAAUUGGAACGGGGUGUUAUUUGGUUUUAAAAUUUGUAAAAAAAUUGUUAUAAAAUUUACACUUGAAACACAAAAAUGCCCAAUAUUCAUUGCAGCCAAAUAUUAGAGAAACAACAAUUUAGUGUAUUACAUGAUUGUUCUGUGACAUUCAGUUACUGAGAUAUUUAGUGAUAAAUACAGUACAUUGUAUCCUAUGUUAUCCUUAUAGCUGAUAAUUUAUUUCUUGUAGUUUGCUUGGAUAUGGAAAUAUCAAGAUAACCUUUGGCAAAUUUUAAAUUUCCCAGUAAGCUAUCGACAUUUUACUAAAAAUCUCUUUAUUACCUUCCCUGUAGCAUCAAACAAACCUAAGUCAACAUAAUGUUAUUUAUCUGACAUGUUAAGGAAAUAUUUUGGUAAAAAUCCAACCAGGCAAAUUGAAACUUGCUUAAUUUGCAGUUUUGCAGGGGAGGUAUUUUGAUUUUGUAACUAUACAGUAUACAUAAACAUUAUAUUUCUUCACAGAUUAGGUUUUUGUGAUAUUUACAGUAGUAGAGUCAAGAAUGUUCGUUGUUAGUAAAUAAAUUAAAGUUAAAUGAUAAUAGGCAAGAAAUUGAAGGUUAAAGUUCCAUAAUUAAUUGAGGUGGUUUGAUUUUAAACCAAUUUAAGGGUUAGUUUAGCAGCAGCAUGGGAUUUGAAUAAGUCUCUGUUUUAUUUUAGCAUAUUUAUAUAUACAAUCAACUUAAAACAUAAUAUGUGUUUGUGAUAAUUUUUCAUAAUCAUAAUGAAAUACUAUCUAAAUAUGUACUGCAUUGUUUACUCAUACUUUUAAUGUGUCUAUUUCAAGUUUAUAAACUAUCGUGUAAAGUAAACACUUUAAAUAUUGACUGCAAAUUUUAUGUAAAGUAGGAAAUUUACAUCUACGUAAGGUAUUUUGGUUGAGGUUCAUUCAGCUCUGGAUUGAUUAAAACUAUCAAUGAUAUAAAAAAAGCUUACCUUAGCAAUGUUUCAUUCUUAUAAUCAAUUCAAUUAAGAUCUAGUUAAUAUUUGGGAAUUGCUAAAGGAUAAAAUAUUUGGAUAUAAUUUUGUUGUUCAGAAAUACUCCUUGGUCUAACACUGUAACAAAGCAUAGUAAUUUAGUAAUCCUUACAUUGAAAUUUAAUCCAUUUAUUUACCAAAAUAGUUUUCUUCAAGGAAAGGCUCUAAACCAGGUUUAUAGUUGUAGAAUAAGGAGGACCUUACCUUAAAAAAGUGCAGGUAGGCCACGCAUGUUCUAUGGCCUGUCUGCACUUUUUAAAGGCAAGCUAGCUGCUAUCCUCCUUAUUCUAUAUUUACAAAAAAUAUUUAUUGAAGGCUCCAUUUAUAAACGUCAUCCAAAGUGGUUAUUUACGAAAUUUAAAGACACCUCAUCAAAAAUUAAGUAAAACAAUAUUUAAGUUUAAGAAUACUACUAUGUGUACUUCUAUUAGUACUAAGUACACAGCACUAGCAGAAAUCUUGGAUUGUAGAAUAUAAACAGAAAAAAAGAUACUGUAGCUUUUUGUAUAUAAAAUAUUCUUACAUAAUAGCUUACUUGUUUGAGUUAAAAUGUGAUAAGUUACUAUUGUAUUUAGUCUAUAAUGUAUAACUAGUGUAAUUUUGAAAUACUGGAAUCUAAGCACGAGUACGGUUUACCGUGUUAGGAUAAAUACGUUUUGAUGUUGAAUGUGUCAGGGGUUGUAUCAACUCUAGCUUGCUGUUUGCUAUUAUUCCGUACUAUUCUUGGUAUCGAGCUGAAACAUUUAGUUUGAGAUUGUUUGUCAUCUUAUCAUAGAGUCUUCAGUUUUGUAUUAUACUUUACCACGUUCUGCCAAUAGAUCACCCCUAUUCUGAAUAAUAUUGAUGUUGGUUAUUGACCUUGGAUUGGAGUCAAAACCCCUUUUUACACAUUUUACAAGUAAGUUUUGUGAUUUUAAUCAUCUUUUGUACACCAUGAAAUGUUUGGGUAGUUUUUGACAUACGGUACCAUAUUUUUACAAUAUCAAUUAAACGGUAUCAGCAACGUGACACAUACUUUUUCCCAUUAGCUUGUCGAUAACCCUUAUCAUGGGCAAGCUGUGGGAGUAACUAUGAUAUAUUAUGGGAAAAUCGCCAUUAAAAAUCUAAUUACAAAAAAAUUAAAAAGUGCCUGGAGAUAUCAUGGAUUAGUACCCUCAUACCAAAUUUCAUCAAAAUUGGUCAAUUAGACCAAAGGUGUGGUCCAUAGCUCUGUAUUCAUCCACACAGACAUCCAUCACUUCCAAAAUUAGGGUGACCCAAAACAGAUAUACCUACCCAAAACUCAAAUCUCCAAAAUUUUGACGUAAACAAUACUUUCUCCAUAUGAAAAUUUAUGUAUACGGGGAGAAAGUAAAAAAUUUUUUAUCAACCAAGUCAUACUACAGUAAAAGCCCACUAAUCUGGCAUCGGGCCCCGCUAAUCCGUCACCUAUGUCUGGGACCAGGACCAUGGUCAGAACAGUGAAAAGGUCGGAUUGUCCGAGGAAUAUUGUAAAUUUCCUAAUCAAUUGCUUAUUGUAAUUUAUUUGUUUUGUGCCAUCGCGGAAGACAACUUGACUUCAAGAGUCGUUCAAUAUUUUGCCACGAUGGCGGGAGUCGACGAUGAUAUUUCCUUUACCGCUGGAAUAUUCAUAAGUUGCUGCUUUCGCUGAUAAAAAUUCUGAGGUUGCUGGAGACAAUGAUGAUGUCCUCGUGAGUUUGGAAGAUGUUUAAUAUUUUGCGGCGAUCGCGGAAGAUGUUUAAGGUGCUUCGACCGCAGGUGGUGUUUAGGAUCGUGGGAGACAUUCAAUAUUUUGUAACAAUCGCGGAGGAUGAUGAUGAAAGUUUCCGUAACCUCUGGGGAUAAACAAGAUUUUUUUCUCGAUUGCGGGAGACCAUACGACCAUAGCAAAUAGUCACACUAUUUCUGGGAUAACGUCACCAAUAGGCGAUGGCACAGUCAGAUUAAGCGAGGAGUUGGAUUAGCAAGGUUCUACUGUAUUAACACGUUCGGCAGUUGGGAGCUAUCAGCAGAGUCGGGAGUGAUCAGCAGAUGUUAGGAGCAAACCUCAGACGUCAGUUGCACUCAUUAGAAUUAUUUUAAUUUUUUUUAGCAUUACUGAAAUAAGACUAGCCAACGAUGUUGACACUCUAAAAUGAACUGUCUUUGGCUAGUCUCGCAAUAACAUGUGUUAUUUUAAGACAUCAGUAAUCCGGCUUCGCUUAUGCCCCGAACAUGCCGGAUUAGCGAGCAUGUACUGUAAUAUGAUAACUCUAAUAUUAGGUACUUUCAUAAGUAAAAAAUGGUAACUUUGAAGGGCAGAACUCUAGGAGAGUUUUAUCAUUUAAAUAGGCCUAUGUCUGUCUGUGGUCCAUUGGCUCUAUUCCUGUACAAUUUCAGCUUAAUUGGUCAGCGUGAUGGCUAUCGUUCAAACACACACAUCCACACUUUCACUUUCAUAAUAUUUAUGUCCUAGGACGCUAGGCACGAGCCUGGGAUUGUUUUUCACAUUACUUCAGGCUAGACCUAGGGGUUGCGGCAUUAUCACUUAGAUAAAAUCCAUUGGUGAUUUGGCGGGAUUUGAACCCGGGACCUCAUGGACCAAAGUCCCGCACUCUAACCACAUUCAUAAUAUUAGAACGAUUCAAAUAGAUGUUGGCUUAUACGUUAGCACUUACAAAUUGGUUAAAUGUUGUCUCCAUAUUUGUUAAAGAUAGACUUUUUUUCUCUUUAUUAAUCACUUGUACAUUUUUUAUUUUUAAACCAAAAACCUAUUCCUGCAGUAAUAAUUUUUUGUUGUACUUAGAUUCCUAAGGAGAGAAUUACAUUUUCCAUUUAUCUGCAAGUUUUAAACCAAACAUUACACCUUCAUGCCAGGCAAACACUGGCAACAGCUUCCUUCCCUUAGAUAAUAUUCAGCAUUACGGUUUUGAUGUUUGCCUGGUGAUUUGCACUCUCGGUUUGUUAUUUCCUCUUGAGUUUAUUCAAUGAAGACUCCAAUCCAAUGCAAGGUUUAUAAUGAACUAUAUAAAGUUUUAAACUAUUUAUAAUCCAUAUAAAAUUUAUUGAUCAUAAACAUCAAAAGCAAGUGAUACAUCAGAAUGUACUCUACAUAUCUCGUCAACUAAUAAAAUUUUAUAUUUGAAAACCAUUGGUUACCAAUUGAUCUCUCAAUUGCCUGGGAGAUACCUUUGUCUUAUUUUAAUUUCGAUACUUAAACCCCUAUAAACUGUUAAGCAUCUACUGGAUCUUAGCACAAAAUGUACUAAUGUCAAGGGGGCUACACUAGGUCCCUCUGUGAUUAUCUGUGUAAAGUAGUGUAAGUGGUAUUACAAUUGUAUUGCUAUUUUGUAUGUUGCCACCUUGUCAUUUUCUGUAUUUCAAUAUUUUAAAAUGUUUUAAAACAUAA